AUGGCCAUCCUUCAGAUCUCCGCCCUUCUCUUCCUCCUUAUCCCCCUCGCCGCCGCUGCAUUGACGGAAAAAUCUCCGGCAACCAGAACCCCAAACUCCGGCGGCCCCCUCGUCAACUCCAACUCCGUCCUCGUCGCCCUCCUCGACUCCCACUACACCGAGCUAUCGGAGCUCGUGGAGAAGGCCCUUUUGCUCCAAACGCUAGAAGACGCUGUCUCGAGGCACAAUAUUACCAUUUUAGCCCCGAAAAACGAAGCCCUCGACCGGAAUCUGGACCCGGAUUUCAAACGGUUCUUGAUGGAGCCCCGAAACCUCAAAUCCCUCCAAAAUCUCCUGCUUUUCCACAUGAUCCCGACCCGAAUCGAGUCCGGGCUCUGGCGGGCCGAGCCCGCCCAUCACCCUACCCUCUGCCGCGACGCCGCCGGCGAGCGCGUCCCCCUCCAGAUAUCAAAGUCCGGCGAGUUGUCCGCCGGGUCGGCCCGAGUCGUCCGCUCCGACGACGUCCUCCGGCCGGACGGCGUCAUCCACGGAGUCGACAGACUCCUAGUCCCGAAAUCCGUCCAGCAGGCCUUCAACGGCCGUCGUAGCCUCCGCGCCGUCGCCGCCGUCCUCCCUUCGUCCGCGCCGGAGGUAGACCCGCGCACACACCGCCUUCGCCAGCCGGCACCUCCUGCGCCGGCCGGCUCCCCUCCCGCUCUCCCCAUCUACGACGCCAUGGCCCCGGGCCCCUCCCUGGCGCCGGCGCCGGCUCCGGGGCCCGGAGGUCCCCGCGGGCACUUCGACGGCGAGAGUCAGGUGAGGGACUUCAUCGCGACCCUCCUCCGGUACGGCGGGUACGGCGAGGUGGCGGACAUGCUGGCGAACCUGACGUCGGUGGCGGCGGAGAUGGGUCGGCUGGUAUCCGAAGGUUACGUGGUGACGGUGCUGGCACCGAACGACGAGGCUAUGGCGAAGGUGGCGGCGGAGGAGGUGGCGGAGGCGGGGGCGGCGGAGAGGUUGAUAUACUACCACAUGAUACCGGAGUACCAGACGGAGGAGAGCAUGUACAACGCGGUUAGGAGGUUUGGAAAGGUGAGGUACGACACUCUGCGGCUGCCGCACAAGGUGGUGGCGGAGGAGGCAGACGGGUCGGUCAGGUUCGGGUCGGGUGACGCCGGCGGGUCGUCAUCGGCGUAUUUGUUCGAUGCGGAUAUUUAUACAGACGGGAGGAUAUCAGUGCAGGGGAUCGACGGGGUAUUGAGGCCGCCGGAGGAAACGAAGCCGGCGGCGGCGGCGAGGUCGGCGGACGGAGGGCGCGUUGUGUCUAAGCCUAGAAGAGGAAAAUUAUUGGAAAUUGCAUGUAAUAUGCUUGGGGCUGUUGGACAAGAUUCUCAUUUUUCAAGCUGCCACUAA